AUGGAGGAGCCCGGGGCGCUAGCCCUCCUACGGCGCGACUUGAAGUCACUGGCCGACAAAAAUGAGGGCCUCCAGAAGGAGAUCUUCACUCUGAGGGAGGAGCUUGAAGCGGCACGCCGCGCCAAGCCCUCCCUCGGGCUGCCUCUCGCCGGCUCGCCCGAGGAAGCCCCCCGCAAAAGAACGCGGGGCGCCCAUCGGGUGAAGUCGGUGGAGAUCGUGGACCUCACCCGGAGAUCAUGGGCGCCCCCGGUGACGGAGUCCCUCGAACCCCAAGUUCUCGAUGAAGUCCUAGGAGCCCUCUUCCCUUUAGAGGGUCCCCCGUUUUCGAGCGACGGCCAGAAGACUGCCGCUCCAUGGAUCAAGGACUUGGAGGUGACGAGGGACGAGAUGGCCGGGGUGAUACGUCGUUUGAGGUUGCGGGGCAAUAAGGCCCCGGGCCCCGACGGUAUCCCCGGCCGGGUCCGGGCCUUGGACCACCUGUCCGAGCGUCUGAGGCAGCUCUUUACGAGCUGCCUCAGGCAAGGGUAUUUCCCCCCGGCUUGGGUGAGGGCCAGAUUGGUUCUUAUCUUAAAGGGGGGCGGGCCUGGGAACUCCCCACGGUAUCCCCGGCCGGGUCCGGGCCUUGGACCACCUGUCCGAGCGUCUGAGGCAGCUCUUUACGAGCUGCCUCAGGCAAGGGCUGGCAAGCUGUUGGAGCGCUUGCUGGUAGACCGCCUCGUCCGGCAUCUGUCCCAGAAUGGUAUGGAUCUCAACCAGAAUCAGUAUGGAUUCCGCGAGGGAAAAUCAACGAUCGACGCGAUCUUUCGCGUCCAUCAUGGAGGAGGGCAGGGUGGUCGUUGCGGUGUCACUUGA